AUUGAAGCAAAGCCACCUAGUGAGUGAGACUAUAUUUGCUUCGUGGAAUGACUUGAGAAGGACUCCUUUCUUUCUCUGUUUCUCUCUCUUUCUCAUAUCGCGUUUCUUCUUUUCAUUUCUUGUUGUUCCGCGCGAGGGUUUUCCGGUGUCUCUGUCACGAUGACAAUCGAACCCUUGGAUUUGCUUCGCUCCAAUCUCGCUCGGGUACGGAUCCCCGAACCGACCAAUCGCAUCUACAAGCACGAAUGUUGCGUGUCCUUCGACACUCCGAGGUCGGAAGGUGGUUUGUUCAUCGACAUGUGCACUUUUCUUGCUUUUGGGAAGGAUUUUGUUGGUUGGAAUUACGAGAAGACCGGCAAUCCUGUCUAUUUGCAUAUAAAGCAGACUAAGAAGUUAGUUCCAGAAGACAGACCUUCUAAGAAACCUACCCUCUUGGCUAUUGGUAUUGACGGGGGAUUUGAUAAUAAUGAGCCCGAGUAUGAGGAAACUCAUAGUGUAGUUAUAUUACCUGAGUAUGUUUCUCUUCCAUUCCCUUCUGUGGAAUUGCCAGAGAAGGUAAGGUUGGCAGUUGAUGCUAUCUUACUAGCUGAGGGUGCUGAACGAAAGGAGGAACUUGCAGCCUGGACUGCUGAUAAAAAACAAGUUAGUUCCUAUGCAAUGAAUUUACAACAGAUUGACAAUGGUGUUGUUAUUCCGCCAUCUGGCUGGAAAUGUGCUAAAUGUGACAAGACAGAGAAUCUUUGGCUAAACUUGACUGAUGGAAUGAUACUUUGUGGGAGGAAAAACUGGGAUGGAACUGGAGGGAACAACCAUGCUGUUGAGCAUUACCGGGAGACAGGCUACCCUCUUGCUGUAAAGCUUGGGACUGUCACUGCUGAUUUGGAAGCGGCAGAUGUUUUCUCCUAUCCAGAGGAUGAAGGUGUCUUGGAUCCACAACUAGCCCAACAUCUGGCUUUUUUUGGCAUUGACUUUUCAUCGCUACAAAAGACUGAAAUGACAACUGCUGAAAGAGAACUCGAUCAAAAUACUAAUUUUGAUUGGAAUCGAAUACAAGAAAGUGGACAAGAAGUAUAUCCAAUUUUUGGACCUGGAUAUACAGGGUUGGUCAAUAUUGGAAACAGUUGUUACAUGGCAGCAAAUAUGCAAGUUGUAUUUUCAACAAGAUCCUUCAUAUCACGGUACUACUUGAGCCAAAGUCUAAAGAAGGCAUUUGAGACGUCUCCUGCCGAUCCAACUGUAGACCUAAAUAUGCAGCUGACAAAAUUGGCACACGGUUUACUUUCUGGCAAAUAUUCUGUUCCGGCAUUUGAAAAUGAUGAAAAAGAAAACACUGUAACUUCAACUACAACUGCUAAACAAGAAGGGAUACGUCCACGGAUGUUUAAAUCUGUAAUAGCUGCCAGCCAUCCUGAAUUUUCAUCUACCCGGCAACAGGAUGCUUUAGAAUUUUUCCUACAUUUUAUUGAUCAAGUUGAACGAGCUAAUACUGGGAAAACUGAACUGGAUCCAUCGAGGAGUUUCAAAUUUGGUAUUGAAGAUAGAAUUUUAUGUUCGUCUGGAAAAGUUACAUAUAAUAGAAGGAAUGAUUACAUUCUUUCUCUCAAUAUCCCGUUACAUGAAGCAACUAACAAAGGAGAGCUAGAAUCCUUUCAAAAAUUGAAAGAAGAAAGACUUGCAGAAGGAAAAGAAAUAAAUGCUGAUGAGAUUGUGCGUCCGAGGGUGCCUUUAGAAACAUGCCUUGCAAACUUUUCAGCUCCUGAGGAGAUACAUGACUUUUACAGUACUGCUUUGAAGACAAAGACUACAGCACUGAAGACUGCAGGUCUGACCUCAUUUCCUGAUUACCUGGUGUUACAUAUGCGGAGAUUUGUUAUGGAGGCAGGAUGGGUGCCCAAAAAACUUGAUGUGUAUAUUGAUGUUCCUGAUAUCAUAGAUAUCAGUCAUAUGCGCAGCAAAGGUCACCAGCCUGGGGAGGAGCUAUUACCUGAUGGAGUUCCUGAUGAGGAAGAUUCAAACAAAAUGUGGGCCAAUGAAGAAAUUGUAGCCCAGCUGGUUUCCAUGGGUUUUAAUAAUCUCCAUUGUCAGAAAGCUGCCAUAAAUACAUCGAAUGUUGGAGUAGAAGAGGCAAUGAAUUGGUUGCUAUCUCACAUGGAUGAUCCAGAAAUUGACCUUCCUAUUUCCAAAGGUCAUGGCUCUGAAACUUCGACAAUCGUUGACCAAUCAAAAGUUGAUACUCUAAUUUCAUUUGGAUUUCAAGAAGAAAUUGCUAGAAAGGCUCUGGAGGCAUCCGGUGGUGACAUUGAGAAAGCGACAGAUUGGAUAUUUAACAACCCUAAUGCAUCAGUGUCCAGUAUGGAUGCUACCCCAUCCAAUGCUGCAUCCACGUCCAAUGAUGUUGACCUACCUGAUGGAGGAGGGAAAUAUCGACUUAUGGGGAUUGUAAGCCAUAGUGGAACCUCUACGCUUUGUGGUCACUAUGUUGCUCACGUAUUAAAAGAUGGUAGAUGGGUAAUUUUCAACGACAACAAGGUUGGGGCUUCCAUUAAUCCUCCAAAGGAAAUGGGCUAUCUUUAUUUCUUCGAGAGGCUUUAAUUGCUGAAUAUACAGUGGUUGGCGUUGAACAAGGUGAAUACUUCAACCAGUAAGAGGCGCAGGAUGUUUUGAUAGCGUAGACAUGUCACCUACAUCCGCUGAUGUGAUAAUAUUUGCUACACUGGUCUUGGUGGCUUGGUAAACACUCCUCUAAUUGGCUGAAUCUUCUUUUCUUGGUUGGUUCUCAGCAGUAAUGAAGCUUUCGAACAUUACAUUUCAUUCAUCUUUUAUACAUUGCAUGUUUAGGUAUUCAAGUAACAAUGGAGCAACGAAUUAUCAGUUCUAGGAAUUUAAACAACAAUACUGAAUGUUAUACAACUUCAUUUUUCUGAUGUCUAAAACCAGUUACUUUGAAAAGUUUAUUA